CUUCACAAUGCCACUAUUCGGGAAAAAAGAUUCGGGCAAGAAGAUACGCAAAGACGUGAAGGAUGGAUGCGAAAAGAUGCCCAGCAUCGACGACAAGUACGUCAUCAAGGAGUUGCUCGGAACCGGAGCGUUCUCCGAGGUGCGGCUGUGCGAGCACAAAGAAACCGCACAGCAGUACGCUGUCAAGAUAAUCGACAAGAAGGCGCUCAAGGGCAAGGAAGACUCGCUCGAGAACGAAAUCCGCGUGCUGAAGCGGUUUAGCGCUCGCAGAAGCGACGGCAGCGGGGUACAGAGCGCGGUACCACCGGUGGGUGGCCCCCGAUUCGCGCACCCAAACAUUGUGCAGCUGCUGGAAACGUUCGAGGAUAAAUCGAAGGUCUACCUGAUCAUGGAACUGGUAACUGGGGGCGAACUGUUCGAUCGGAUCGUUGAGAAGGGUUCGUACACGGAACGGGACGCUUCCAACCUCAUCCGCCAGGUGCUGGAAGCCGUGGACUACAUGCACGAGCAGGGCGUCGUACACCGGGACCUGAAGCCGGAAAAUCUGCUCUACUACAGCCCGGCGGAAGACAGCAAGAUCAUGAUCAGCGACUUUGGGCUGUCGAAGAUGGAGGACUCGGGCUUUAUGGCGACGGCCUGCGGUACGCCCGGGUAUGUGGCGCCCGAGGUGCUCGCACAGAAACCGUACGGCAAGGCGGUCGACGUGUGGAGCAUAGGCGUUAUUUCGUACAUUCUGCUGUGCGGGUACCCGCCGUUCUACGACGAAAACGAUGCCAACUUGUUUGCCCAGAUUCUCAAAGGCGAGUUCGAGUUUGACUCACCGUACUGGGACGAGAUUAGUGAUUCGGCGAAAGAUUUCAUACGCAACCUGAUGUGCGUCAACGUGGAGAGGCGAUUCACGUGCAAGCAGGCGCUUGCACACCCGUGGAUAUCGGGUAAUGCGGCCAGCAGCAAGAACAUUCACGGUACGGUGUCGGAGCAGCUUAAGAAGAACUUUGCCAAAUCGCGCUGGAAGCAGGCCUACCAUGCGGCAACCGUCAUACGCCAGAUGCAACGAAUGGCACUGAGCAGCGGAGGCAGUGGUACGGGUAGUAGUGGUGGCGGUGCGUACGGCCGUAGCUCGUCACGGAUAAGCAAUGCAGCAUCGGCGGACGGAAGUACGGGUGGUGCCGGCGAUGAGCAGACCGGUGGACAAACGGACACUACUACUGCAUCUAGCAGUAAGUAA